AUGAAUAGAGUACCAAUAAGACCACCGAAUCAAGUAGAAUUAAGAAAUUUACAAUCAUUGUUAUCCACAGGCGAACCAUAUGAAAUUUUAGGAUGUGAAGUUAGCUCAUCAAAAAAAGAAAUUACAAAACAUUUUAGAGAUUUAGCAAGAAAAUAUCAUCCAGAUAAAAACAGCAAUAAUGAUGGUGGCGAUAUGAUGACCAAAAUCAACAAUGCAUACUCAGUGUUAAGUGAUGAACGUCUUAGAGAAAUUUAUGAUGUCUAUUUAUACGAAAGUAUCAAGUAUGGCGAAAUGGAAGAUGGCGAUACAGUGGAUUUGGAUGAAACUCAUAGAACUAUAGCAACAGUACUUUCAUUAUUAUUUGGUGUAGUUUCAUGGCCUUUCUCAAAAAUAGCAAUCAUGGUACAUUCAAACGACUCAAUUAUAAAAACAAGAGAUGUUGUUAGAAGUAUAUAUAAAGAAAAAGGUAUUCCAGGUUUCUUUAGAGGUUCUGGGUUUUUAUUAGCGUCUGGUGUAUUUGAAGUCAUUAAAGAAUAUACACUCAAUAAAAUAUUAUCACCACAAAAAUUACCACCACUUGUAAAUACCAUAGUGGAUAGAACCAUUCGUCCACUCUUUAAGCAUCCACACAGUUUAAUUAUGGAUCUAUUAGAUAUUGCACCAUUCAGAAUCACUCUCUCAACUAUUAUUUUCAAUGUAAUCUUAAAACAAAAAGAGCCAAGUAGUAUAUUUGUUAGAGAUCAACCACCAAAAUUCCAAAAUUUCUUUUAUGGUGCAACUUACACUUUAAUAUUAUUAGCCGCAAAAAAAGGUGUCAAACACUUAAUCAACAAAGCUGACGACUAUUGCUACAAUGGUUACAUUAGAAACCCAGAUAACCUUUUCUUUAGAUAUUCAAAUUUUAUUAUGAAGAACUCCUUCCUUCACAACUUUGUUUACACUUUUUGUAUGAUACCAUUGGAAGUCAUUCGUUCACAAUAUCCACGUAUGCUUUUAAAUAGUUAUGAUAGCGGCGAAUCCACCACACCAUAUCCAAUCAACCCUGUAUUAAUUGCAAUUAAUAUUUAUAAAUUAAAUGGUAUUUGGAAAUUCUUUAAUGGUUUUGUACCAUAUUAUAUGGCAAAUCUCCUCGAAUCAUUUUCAAAUCAAUUGGACGCCCAAGAAGACACCUAUGAAGAUUCCGAAUAA